AAAUUUUAUCGUCUUGUACAAUAAAUAACAUACUUCAUUUCAUUCAUUCCACGAAAUAAAAUCUAAUUCAAUGUUCAAGGGCAUUUAAGGUCUGAAGAAGUGAUAAUAAAAUUUUGAAACGUUUGCGGAAAAUUUAUAAUUGUUUUACCAAACCAACUUUGAGAGUUUUCAGUGAGGUUUAGCAAAGUUUAGCACAAAAGAAUGGCGUUUUUUACGUGAAAAAUGCACUGAAGCGUCUCAACUGUGUGAUUUUUUGAACCGUCCAGACUGAAAAUUUUCUAGUAUCAUUUCGCCUUUCAAUGAUUUCGGACCCGCGACAUUUCCCGAAAGAUUCAAGCCAAAUGAAAAAUAAAAAGAGCACACUCGGGCGAUAUUAUGUCGAUUCCAGGUUGCUCCGGGCGCCCGGAAUACUGGAAAUCGUUAAGAAGCUGGUUUUUGACCGUUUCAGUGCCUUCUGAACUUUUUUCUACAGUAAAACUCCGACAAUCCGGCAUAAUAGUCACAACUACAAUUAAAGGCCCCGAUUAAAGACGUUUAUGUUCGUGUGUGUUGUUGUGUUCGGAAUUCUUUGUUCAUCGAUAAGCCCGAAUUCUUUGUCGGGUGAAAAUCAGAGGUCAUCGCCGAUGUAGUAAACCCCUUCGGCGCAUUCUUCCUCCGAAUAGAAUUCGAAUCGGGCGCGAUAUCGACUCGCCCUACCGCCGAAAAGGAAGAAGAGUGGCGGCGGCGGCGGCGGCGGCGGGCGGGUCAGCAAGAGACCUAAACUCGCGCACACGACGUGUUACCACCCCUCUAUUUAUGUCAGUUUGGCGCCCCGUUCUCGAUGAGGGCCUUGCCUGCUCCCUGCUAAGACACACACUUCACCACCGUAUUAUACCUCUAAUUAACUCUCUCUUUCAUUCACUGAAAAAAUUAACAACCGAGUGACUGGCGAGUGCACGAGCCUUUUAAUCUCUCAGUGAUCAAGUGUGGAUUCUCUGCUCUCUAACAUAUAUAGAUAACAUCUAUCUAAUCUCACACUUCUCCUCUGACAAGGGCAUGUCCGAGCGUCGGCCCUAACCUUUGCACUGGUAUUUGGGGGCGCAUUCGCGGCGUCGUCAUGAUUACCUUCAGUCGAAUUUCACCUUCCUUUGUUUUCCAUUUUCCAUAAUCGUAACAAUGGAUUUAAAUUACCCGCUUGAUUUAGCCCCGCCUAUUAUUUGAUUCGUUCCAAUAAAAUCAGGCCUCCCCUCCUCUCCGAACGAUGUGUUCAAUUCUAAUAGGCCGAGAGGAGAAAACAAUCCAAAAGCAAUACGAAACGGUUGGCUCUACGAAACUAAUAAAAGACAAUAUCAAUUUAAAAUUAGUGAUUACUGUAACAUAAAUAAACCGAGAAGUUGAAGCCUAAUGUUAGUUCUAAACGCCGAAUUAUUUGUUAUUUGUUAUACGAGUUAGUGAAAUGUUUAGCCUAGUCCCCGAAACGAUAUUUUGUAAACGAAUGAAAGUAUUUUGUAGUAAUUUUUUCGAACGAUGUUGUAUUUAUCGGUGAAUCAAAAGGUGCUCCGGCACUCGAAAGUCAAACUGAAGCCCCAGUUCCUUCCCCCGCCCCUCCCGGGCCCCGCCCCCGGCCGUCAUUAAGACCAUGUACGCGGCAGCAGGGGGCGCUUCGCUCGCCUCCCGCCAGGCGCGCCAGCGGCAGCGCCAGAAGCAGCUCCAGCAGCUCAAGAACCAGAAGGAGCUCAAGCCGCACCAGCCGAAGCAGUACCACAACUACACGGACGAUGGGGGGCCCAAGCUGUCGCGGGUGGAGCGCGGGGCGCUGCGCCCGCCGCAGGGGCCCCACGAGCGCCGCCACUCCGCCUCCAACUACCACCUCAAGGAGCCGCCCAAGAGCCGGCUCAAGGAGAGCCCCUCCAUCUCGAUCCCGGUCCAGAGUCGGCCCUCCCUCGUGGAGAACCACGUCUCGGCCUCGCCCUCGCUCCAGCUGCCCCAGAUCUUCAUUCCCGAAGGGGACGGCCGGCUGGAGCGGAGGUGCAGCUUCGUCAGACAGGUGGAGGAGAUGGAGAAGUGUCCCGAGGGAGGGCUGCUGGAUAAGUGCAACCAUUUGUGCAAUUUCGAGAUCAAGGACAGGAUCUGGGACAACAAGUACGAGUUUGAGAGGGAUCUCUAUGGCAGUCUGGAUUAUCCCUUUUCCGAGUGUUCACAGGGCCGUGCGGCAUGGCAAGAGAGGGAAAGGGGGAGACGCUGUUCACUCUCCGAGGAAGCGCGGCAAUCACGAAUCAAACAAUCGGAGGCUCAUCACCGAUGGAUGAAACGGAACAGAAUCCACGACUCCACCUACGGUACCGGUUCAGAAGAAGACGACUUCUUCAGCGUUUACCAUCAAAGUGCCGCCGCCAACGCUCUCCUGUACGUCGGUCUGGGCACCACAGCGAUCGGCAGCGUGAUCUUCUUCGUCGGCACCGGCGAGAAAGGCUUCAAAACCCUCGAACUCCGCCUGAUCGGCCCCACGCUGAUCGCUUGUGGCCUCCUCUGCUGCCUAAUCCGCGUCCUGCUCUGCGCCUGCCCUUCCACGUGUCUCCGGCGCCGGAAGAAGACCCGGCUGAAGGCCACCUGUCCUCACACUUCCAGAUACCCGAAAUCGCGCGACCACGUCGACAGCGCCGCCCUCCUCUCCAAAAACAAGAAAAAGGUCUCGAUCGUGCCCCCCAGCCACCCCCAGCCCAGCACUAGCACGCAAGAGUUCAAAGAACAGAAAACGCAAGAGAAGAUCACUCUGCCACAGAUCAAUCUUCCCGAAGAGGAGGCGAAGAUGGCGCGCGACGAUUCCGUCAUCGAACUGCAGAAUCUCGAGCUAAUCUACGACAUACAGAGUGUUUCGAGUAAUGACAGUGAUGAUAACGUAACUACAGUUGUCGAAACACGGACGACCAAUGACCUUGAGACUUGUCUAAGUGUUGUCAUCGAACGGAGUGACAAUAGUGAGAGCAGUGAUGGGGUCAAAAAUCAAGAAAGCGGUGAUAAACAAACGCAUAGCGGAAUUGUGCUCAGCCCACUACAAUUGGGACAGUAAUUCGUUGUUGUAGAUACGAAGGCGGCUAGAGGGCGCCAUCAAAACUAAGUAAAAGCGCCACCUGGCGUCCAAAUUCAAAAUGUAUUUUUCAAUUCACAAAUUCACAAGUACAGUUCCAUCCCAGGUGUGGCUUUUAUGAUCAUCUGAUCAACGAAACGACAGGGAUUUGUUUCCCGUUGUUGACAAUACUUGUUGAAUCAAAAUCAUGGCGUGAUCAGGCGUUUCUUGAUCAGGUGACGCAAAAAUCAAACGUUGCGCCCUCUGCCGUCGCAACUGUUAGUACGGAAUUGAUCAAAAUAAAAAUCAAGUCGUGUUGUAAUUAUUUUACGUUGCGUCCUUACGUGCAACGUGAACGUAUUAAGUAAAGUAAUAUUUGCUAAAAUUAUUAUAACCUAGCGUGCCUGUAUUUUGAUCCUAACAUUUGCUUUAUCACGUUUUUUGAUUAGGAGAUUCGGAUUUUUACAGCAAUAUUGGCCUAAGUUGGACCUUCCGAUGCACAACAAUCAAAUGAGUUUUUGAUCGCGUGAUCAAUUUUCGCAAUCAUUCGACAAAUAAAUACUUUGCAAAUUUUCGAUUUUAUAUGGCGGCCGUAGAAAUGUAACCUAUCAACGUACCAUUAUGAUAUUUUGAUUAGAUUUGAGCCGAGGGUACGGGAGUAACCUUGGCGACCGUUGUCAACAAAAUUGUGUUUUGUUUUUACCAAAAUGGCGGAAUUGCGUUCGACACACCCUCAGAGUGUACAUCACGCCGCCUCCUUGAUGAAUCGAGAACUUCCUUCUUGGACGGCUUAUUUCCCAGUACAAUUUUUCUAUUUUUAAGUUGUAAUUGAUUAGUAAGCCGCGAGGUGUCGCCCUGUGGUGUAAAAGAACGGAGUUACCACUCCAUCGAGGAGGCCGUGGUACAUUAUAAACUUGCUAUAUACAUAGAAAAUAUAAAAAUGUACGUAUAUGUAUCAUAUUCGAGAAUCAUGUAUAAAUCAAUUUUUAUACAUGAUUUGUUGAGUAAAAACCUAUAAUAAAGUUAUAUAGAAAAAGCCAAUGGAAUAUAUAACAUAAUGGGUACAUAUCGAUUACAAAUAAAACAAGAGAAAACUUCAA